AUGCGAGUAAAGAUAGAUAUAGUGGCAUCAAGCCAUAAGGAUGAAUCAAGUAGUAGUAGUAGUAGUAAGGAUAAGGAUUCAUCAGAUCUGAGUACAAGUGGUGGUGUAAAGCGCAAAGCAUUCAUUGAGGUACAUAAGAACCAAUGGGUCUGGAUGCUAAAGACAUUCAUAUUCGGAACAUUUGGCAUUCCACCUGCCAAACAGAAGCUCUAUCUCAAGUGUCGUGACAAUGACCAGCCAAGGGCAACUGCAAAGGAAUACUUGACACAGUUACAGAACUAUAGACAGAUUAAUCAUUAUCCAAUAGAGGACUCAUCAGAGAUUGUGGUGGAGAUACAGGAGAAGGAGAAUCCAACAGACUUUCUGGUAUUGCCACAGUCAACAGCCCAACAACAACAGGCUCAGCAACAACAGCAACAAUCACAACAAUCACAAACACAACAACAAACACAAUUACAACAAUCACAAUCAUCAUCAAAGUUAUCAUCAUCAACCGCAGACGCAUCGUCAGCGGCAUCAGGCAAUAACAAGGUCCACGUGUUGACCACAUCAAAGAAGUCAUCGAUUAUAUGCCCGGCACUGUGCUUUGCGAUUGGCAAGGGCCUGUACCGGGGCAUCAGCGGCCUAAAGUACGAGAUCAAGCUGUACCGAGUCAGCUCCAAGGGCGUCCUGAUCAACUCGACGUCCAACUCGCCAUUCCAGAUCGACAUUAUCAAGGAGAAGCCCUCGGACAACCGUCGUCUGCCGUUCAUCUACGAGCAACGUCGUUCCGAUCACUCACUCCUAACACUCUCGCCUCAAUCCUUUGGCGAGUAUUCAAUCAGCAUCAAGAUAGACGACACACAUAUUUGUGGAAGUCCAUUCAAGUGCACGAUCAUUGAUGAACAUAACCCAAACUUGAAGGAGUUGGCCUUCUCCAAUGAGUGGAUCGAGGAGACGGUCGAGCUGAUCACACUGAUAUCACAACGCGAUGCUACACUCGACAACCUAUUCACAUUUGGCAUUGAGAACCUGUUGAAUCUCAUGUUCUAUCCAGAUGAUCCCACCGUACAAAUACACAUUGCUGGCAUAUUGUCCAAGCUACUUGAGUUUGAUAAGAACAAAGAGAGGAUAUUACGAGAGAAUGGUAUAGAGUUCUUCUUCAAGGUGGUCUCGCAGGAGAACUGGAAGUCAUUCCCUGAGUUGAGGAGAUUCAUUUCUUGCUCCAUCAGCGCACUCAUCACAAACAGGACAUUCCUGUAUCGAUUCUUCCAAGAGUGCGACAUCAACAUCAUUGCCCUUCUCUGCGAUUCUGAUCACCUAGAUUGCGUACGUUCAUGCGCAAUUGCCCUUUGUCAACUAUCAGAGAAUCCACAUACAGAAUACUCAAUCGAUCGAUUCCCAAGCGAGGAUGUCAAGAAGAUAUUGACUUCAAUGUUGUCCUCCAAGGAUUAUAUAACAAGGAAGUGUGCAUUACGUGCCAUAUCCAAUCCAUCAACAUUCAGCGACACCAAGAAGGAAACAACAUUGACACUUUUGAACUCUUUAUUGGACCUGCUGAAGUCUCAUCAUCUGGACAGUUCGCUCCGUGUAUUAGUAUUUAAAGCAUUCUCCAAGUUUUGUAGAUAUGCCUAUGUAAUUAAUAAUGGAACACUACUCGAAUUGAUCAUACCAUCGGAUCCCAAUCAUUAUGUGGAGAUACCAAUGUUCUAUCAAUGGCAAUCAAACAUAUUGGAGUACUUUGCAGACUCAUCGUCGAGUGUGAUGACGUCGUAUAAGGAGUUGUUCUCGGAGGAGUCCGAACUCACUUUCUUCCUAUCACUGACCAUCUCCAACAUGCUGGACACCAAAGCAUCCGUACGCAUCCAUGAACGUUUCAGCCAAGGCAAUGGCCUUGCAUUGCUGAAACAGUUUGUCCUGUGCCACGACUCAUCCACACGUGCCGAAGCCUUCCGCUCAUUCAUGUUAAUGUCCCUCUCUCCCAAUGACCAAUGCAAGAAGAACCUGAUACAGAAUGGCAUUGUUGGAUCGUUGAUGUCAUCGUUGCAGUUGAUUGAGGACGAAGCCUCAGAGGUGCACUACAUUAUUAACAGCAUCAGUAAUCUGUGCGACUUUGAUCGAACUUGCGCUGAGGCUAUUGGUAGCCAGGGCGUCGACCGUCUGUUAAACCUCCUUACAUGUCAAGUGGCCCUAAACACAAGUGGAGGCGCAACUGCGCACCUCGCACUGGUACCCACGGCAGCCACCAACCCCAACAACGCACUCUCAGCACAAGCGGCCAAAGGCGAGAUCCUGCCACUGUGUAACAUCCUGGCGCAUAUCGCCGGCAUCACUGACAAGUACAACACUCGCAUCAUCAACAGCGCACCCAAGGUCAUUCACUAUCUACUGCAGCUGGCCAAGGAGAAACGACGCUCGAUCCUCAAUCCGAUCUCACAGCAAGAGAUCGUGCUCAACACUACCAUCGGCCGUGGUGUGUCGGCCAACGUCUACAAGGGUGUCUACUACGAGCAGACGGUGGCAGUCAAGUGCUACGACCCCGACAACCUGGGCUUUGACGAGCGCGACUUCCACAACGAAGCCACCAUGCUCACGUUGCUCGAGCACGAGAACAUCAUCCGAGCAAUUGGCGGCAGCCAGCAGCCCGGCAAGCUGUUCAUUGUGUUUGACUACUUCCCGCGCGGCUCUCUGUCCACUGUCAUCAACUCCAAGGACCUGCCGCUGUCAACAUACAAGAUCGUCCACAUCGCGCUACAGACCGCAAAGGGAAUGGCAUACCUGCACUCGCAUGGCAUCAUUCAUCGCGACCUCAAGUCGUCCAACUUGCUGAUAGACAACAACUGGAACCUCAAGAUCUGUGACUUUGGCGUGAGCCGUAUCACUGGUCGUCGCAUGACCAGGGGAGUGGGUUCAUCCUGCUACAUGGCUGUCGAAGUGCUUCAAGGCGCCAUCGAGUACACACCAAAGGUCGAUGUGUACUCGUUCGGUGUGCUACUCUGGGAGUGCUUUAGUCGGGAGAUACCCUACCGCGACAAGGACCAGAUCACGUGGAGUCGCAUGGUACUCGAGGAGAACUAUCGUCUGCCCAUUCCCGACAACUGUCCGCCAGAGUUCAGCGCACUGAUACAGAAAUGCUGGGCGACUGACCCCAAGGCUCGUCCGACAUUUGAUGAGAUCCUCGUCACUCUGCAAGAGAUGAAGGACAACAUGGAGACGAGUGGCAUCUACGAGACGUUCGAGGCGUCACAGCCACUGGUGCAACAGAAUCAGAUAGGCUCGUCACUGAUCGCCAACGAGAACAAGGUGCACGACCUGUCACAGUACGCUACAGAAGAGCUCAAGAACCCUCAGAUGGAGGAAGUUGACGCGCCAACGAUGGGCAACGCAGUCCCCGCGCCAACCACCCCCGAUCAGCAACAAGGCUCGCCAACAGACAACAACAAGGGAGAGAAGACUACGCCACCAUCAGCCGCACAGCCCCCGCGUGGAUGGAGAGCAGUGGCGCCAGACCGCCAGUCAAAGAGGUCCAAUCCCCAGCUCGUCCGACCAACCUACACCACGUCACCCAUCACACCACUGUCUCCGGUUGGCUCAAACACCAGCAGCAACAGCAGUGGCUCAUCAUCGACGCCUAUCCUCAUCACAACAUUCUCGGACGGCAGCCAUAGCUCCAACGAGCGACAGUCGCCCAUUGCCCCAAUGGUCAGUGGUGCCAGCACCAUCACCAAGACCCCCAACACCUUUUCAAACAUGACCACCGAGUCCUCUGGCGUGCUAUCCACCAACGACGAGGAGUACAGCGACAACUCAUUCCUCAGCCACACUGGCGCCAGCACAUUGACCGUGUCGACUGUUAGCUCGCGGGCCAACUCCACGGCCAGCAUCAACGAUCACUUCCAUCCCAACUUCAAUCCAUCUGCUUUAGAGGGGCUGUUGCCAACACCUCCCAGCCAUCCCCACCAUCACCACCAACCGCACGAACUCACCAGAUCGCCAUCAGUCAACUCACUCAACACAACAGCACCUAUAACCGCAGCGCCAACAACUAGUCAGGCCAAAGGAAAGGUUGCUGCAUCACCCCUUAUGGGUACUUCCCGCGCCACAAUCAGCAAGUUUGAACAGAUGACCAAGAAGGCAGCUGCCGCUACAGUCCCAACCACAGCUACCACAACAACCUCAUCACCUGAUACUACUGCCAACACUGGUACGGUCAGUGGCACUGGAGUUGGAACUGGAACUGGGACUGGUGGCAACAAGAUCAACUUGAUCAAGACGAAGCUCAUUAACAACAACAACAGCGAUCAAUCAAAGUGA